UGGCCACAGAAAUGGGGAAAAUGUGGUAAGAAACAAUCCAAUGGCUCGGUCAGAAGCUGAUCAAAAUCAUGAGAAAAAGAGUCUUGAACAUUCUUAUAGACAUCUGCCAGUGAAAUCCACAGCUUCCAGCAUUGCAAGGAAACAACCACAACCACAUCAGAUGGUGAUAAGACCAACACUACUGGAUCAAAGGUACAGUGGAAUUAAGGUAUUCUCCCAUAAAAAUAGAGAAGGGUCUGCAUUACACAGAAAAGGAUCCCAUAAGGAAAGGGAUGAACCACAAGACAAGGAUGAUGAUGAAGUUGAGGAGUCUAGUUCAAAUAACUAUCAAUCUUCUUCUAGCUGGACCUCACAAGAAGUAAGUGCCAAUGGUAGUGGUGGUAACAGUUCUGAGGACCACUCCUUGCAAGGUGAGAUAGAAGUUUCCACAUCAGGAACUAUGGUUGAUGCAUCAUAUGAAUAUAGUUCAGAGGAGUGUGAUAAUAAUUCUUAUACAUCUAAUGAUAAUUAUAAUUAUAACUCUUUGAAUAGCUCUGAUAGCCUCAAGUCUGGUAGAUACUACAACAAAAUAAAACCUGAGAAAAAAGUUGGAGGACUAAGGAAGCUGAAGAACAAGUUGGGACUAAUCUUUCACCACCACCACCAUCAUCAUCACUAUCACCAUGAUAAUGAUGAUAAUUAUGAUGAUGAUGGAAGCAUUGACUCAAAGAGGAGGCAAAGACACUCUAUGUGGAGUAACUUGCAGAAUGUCUUCCACCAUAAGAACAAGCAUCAUGGGAUGAUAACGAAUGGAAGCGAUGAGAAGCCAAGGAGAGGAAGUGUUGUUGCAAGAGUGACUCACAAGAACCAGGUUGGACAGUUUCACAGGCUUGUGGAAGGGCUCAUGGGACACAUGCGGCAUGCAAAGAAGCCCAAGAAACCUCACAAGGUUGCUGUGAAAGGUUCAAGGAAUGCCCCACAUGGACAUAGAAAGAAGAAUCCAAAUUGGUGGAAAAUGCUACAACAACACCGGGGAGUGAAGGUGAAGAAUAGAGGUAGAGUUAGAAAAGAGUUCAUAGGCCAAAAAUCACCAAAGAUGCUUACUUAGUGUGAGUUUGUAUGCACAUUUGGAUUUUAUUUUAGUGUAUAUAGAAUUUGAAUAUGGUGAUACAAAAUUUUGUUUUAGUGUAUGUGUAUGUACUCAUGGGAUGGUUGUUGAAAGCGGUUUCUGUCCCUUUUACUGGUUUCUUGAAUUGAAGUUGGUCUUGUUAUAAUGUA